AUGCCCCCCAAGAAAAAGGGCAAGGCGGACGGCACGGCCGCGCAAGGAACGAAGCCGGCGCCGGACUGGCCCGCCCUCACUCCUCUGAUUCCUGAGAUGGAUCUCACUCUGGAGGAUGUGAUGCCAGGACAGAUCGUGACCAUACCUAAUUUCUGGACCGCCACCCUCUGCAAGGCCUAUGUGUCGUUUCUAUCUUCCCUGCCGCUGACGACUACACCCGGCAAGCCCAAGAAGGGUGACGCAGUGCGCGUGAACGACCGCUUCCAGGUAGACGAUCCCGCCUUCGCUGAGAGACUCUGGAGCCAGACGUCAUUGAAGAGUCUCGUUGAAGCGCAGCCCAAAGAGCUCUGGGGCGGGGAUGUUGUCGGACUCAAUCCGAAUAUUCGGAUAUACCGCUACUCGAAGGGGCAGUUCUUCGACCAACACUGUGAGCAGCAUGAUGAUUCCAAUAACGUCACCUUGUCCGGCACUCCGCCCAUGCAAGCCCGAACCACUUGGACCCUGCUGUUGUAUCUCACCUCUCCCGCAACGGGCUGCAUUGGUGGGGAGACCGUGUUCUACCCGGACUCACCCAAGAAGAAGAGCAGAGAUGCCUUGCCCGAGCCUAUCGUCGCUAGCCUCGAAGUUGGUCUCGCACUUCUUCAUCGCCAUGGGGCCGACUGUAUGCUUCACGAGGGUCGAGAAGUGCUGGAAGGCGAGAAAUGGGUCUGCGUUCACGUCCUCGAGGACAAGGCUUCGAUACCACUCCACUUGGAGAAGCACCAAAUCUUCAAAGGCCGCGAGCUGGGGACGCGCAUCGCUGCGGACAAACUAUUCUCCAUCUCAGGUCUGGUCGAAGGCCUACGCGCUGAAGCCAACGGCGCAUUCUGA